UUGGAUUCGGACAGAAAUAUUGUAAAAAAGUAUUGAAAAUGUUUUGAAAUUUUUUGGACUUUGAGAAAGAUUUUCCUCACUUUAAACACUGUUCUGGGAGGUUCGGUUACAUCCUGGUUUUAUCUAUUGGACGGUGGAACAUUUGUAGGUCGCAAGGCACUAUUGACAAGACUAUCUAUUAUUUAAACAGACAUUUUUUAUUAUGCCAAAAGUUGUUUCUAAAAGCUUCGUUGUUUCCGAUACAAGAGAUAAAGAAGAGUACAAUGACCUAAGCUCAAAAGUUUAUGUUUACUACUGCCUCUGCGGGCAGCUUGCGUUAAUUCUCGACACCACAAUCGAACAAUUGCCCUUGAGACGGUUAGACCACGCUCGGGUUAUUGAUGGGAAACUGCAUGCAUAUAAACUAAGCUGUAUUGAUGGUGAUGAGGUAUUCUUGAAGCGAGAAAAAGGGGUUGAGAGGCAGUUUAGGCAAAAGUGCAAAAACUGCAGCUUGUGGAUGUUUUACAAUCGUGUAAAGAAGGAUGCUAAAGUUACUUUCAUUGUUGACGGUGCGCUGGUUUUACAGAAAGAUACGGAUGAAAAGAAUCCUUUACAAAAAAAGAAACCCAAGAAGGUUAUGAUGACAAAAAGAACCAAGGAAUUUGGCAAGUUCAGUUCUGUUACUGUUUCCACUGUUGAUGAAGAAGAGGAGGAAAUUGAACAGCAAGAAGUGGAGACAUCAUAUGCACAUAAUGCAAAAAUAAUCGAGAAACAGCUUGAGAGAAAAACCACUGCCCAAAAGCGUGCAGCAGAUGCUGGCAGCGAGGGGCAGGCUAAAAAACCCAAAGGGACAUUGAUUGAUCGGUAGGGAAACUUGUAUUUCCCGUCUCAAAACUUAUAUUGCAUUUCAUAUUCUGUUUUUUUAUUGAUUGUAUGAAGUUUUUUUGGAUUUAUGUGUUCUUAUAUGAAGUUUUUAUGGCCUAUUCCACUCUGGAAUGGUUCAAGCAAAUGAAGCACAUCUCAUUCACUACAAAUUAAUAAAACCACUAGUUAGUAAUUACAUACCUAAAGUUGA